AUUUGGGGUUUUAACCUUGGUAUUUACCUAGUAUUUACUAUAUAUAUUACAUAUAUAUAUAUAUUUAGAAAUAACAAUGCUAUGGCACUAAGUGUGGAAAGUUGUAAAUUGUUACUGUAUUUGUUAAUAAAUCAAAUAGCACCACCUGCUGGUAGAAGAAAUAAAAUUUCUGCUGUCAGCUACGUGAACAGAAAGUGAAACUUAAAGCUAAGUUUGACAUAAACGGAGCACAGAAAAGACCUGAGACGCCAUUGCAAUGUUGUAUGUAUAGAAAGAUAAAGAAAGAUCUCUACUAUAAAUGCAACACACAAGAGUCUACCUCAAAGGAACACAGAUUUGGUGAGUCAGGCCGUUUAAGGAUAAUUAACAUAUCAGAAAAUGGCUGAUAAAACCGCUCUUGAUGAAAGUUACCUGAACUGCCACGUAUGUUCAGAGACUUCCAGAGAUCCUGUGUCUCUGAGCUGCAACCACAGCUUCUGUUCAAGCUGCCUGCAGAAAUUCUGGGAACAAGCUGAAAAUAAAAACUGUCCCAUUUGUAAAAGAAAAUACUCAAAUAAUUAUGUGAAUUUUGCACUAAAGAAACUCGAUGACUCCUUUGCUGAGAGGCAGAAUAAUGGUUCACCUGAGACAGAAAAAGAAAAGCAGAAAGAGGAAGUCUUUUGUGAUAAACAUUCAGACGUCCCUUAUUGGUUCUGUGAGGACGAGCAGAGAGCUGUGUGUCCUGUCUGUGAGUUUUCUCUCCACAAGAAUCACAAGGUCGUUCCUAUAGAACAAGCAGUCAGUGACCUGAAGGGCCAGCUGAAAUCUGACUUAGAGUCUCUGCAGGACAAGAGGGACAAAUACAAACAAGUGGAGAAAACAUACAAUGAAGUGAUUCAACUCUCCAAGAAGCAGCUGUUGUCCACAGAGAGGCAGAUCAGAGCCGAGUUCAACAAGCUCCACCAGUUCCUGAAAGAGGAAGAGGAGUCCAGACUGGCAGCUCUGAGGGAGGAAGAGGAGCAGAAGGGGGAGACUGUGAGCAGAGAGAUGAAGAAGAUUCAGGAGCAGAUCUCCUCUCUGUCAGACAGUAUCUCUGCUGUUGAAGAAGACCUGCAGAAACCCAGCGUGCCAUUCAUCAGCAGUUAUAAAGCCACUCAGACCAGAGCCAGAGUCCAGCGCUCACAGUCAGAUCCACAGCUGGUCUCAGGAGCGCUGAUAGAUGUGGCCAAACACCUAGGCAACCUGUCCUUCAGAGUCUGGGAGAAAAUGAAGGACAAGGUCCACUUCAGUCCUGUCAUUCUGGACCCAAACACUGCAAAACCCGGUCUCUAUCUGUCUGAUGAUCUAACCAGUGUGAGACGUGGAGACACAAACCAGCAGCUUCCUGACAAUCCAGAGAGAUUCACUAAGUAUGCCACUGUUCUGGGCUCUGAGGGCUUCAGCUCCGGGAAACACAGCUGGGAGGUGGAGGUGGGAGACCACCCUGUCUGGCUUGUAGGUGUGGUUAAAGAGUCGGUUGACAGGAAGGCGGAGGCAGGCGCCUCGCCAGAUUAUGGAAUCUGGUGUUUAUCACAUGACAGUGGAAAAUACACUAAUGGUCUUGGCAAGACUGUCAGAGUGAAGAAGAGUCUCCAGAGGAUCAGAGUCCAGCUGGACUAUGACAAGGGCGAGGUGUCCUUCUACGAGCCUGAAGACAUGACUCACAUCUACACUUACAGAGACACUUUCACUGAGAAACUCUUCCCAUAUUUUAAUAUUGGUCUUAACGAUGCUAAGACUAUUGAUAUCAAAAUCUAUCAAACUCAGAUUUCUCUGUGACGUUCAGGAAUGUUAGCUGUAGUUGUUGGUGGUGGCGGUGGUUAGGUUGACAUAUCAAUCAGUGUUUGUAAUCAAUGUUAGUUUAGCUAAAGUUAGAAAAUGAAACUUUUGUCUUUUAUUUUUGACAUUCCACUCACUGUUGAAAUGAUUAUAACUGAAUAAUUUGGUCAUGUUGUUUUGUAUCUAAUUAAAUUGCUGCUUUUUUGGCUUUAUCUUUAAAGAAAAUAGAAUUUGAUUCUUAAUGAAUCCAUCCAUCAUCAACCGCUUAUCCUGCGUACAGGGUCGCGGGGGAUUCUUAAUGAAUUUGUAUUAAUAAUAUCAAGUGAUUUUUUUACAUGUAUGUUUCUAAGAUCAUAAUGAAUUGAAAAGAAGCCUCUUUUUGUCAACCAGUCAUUAUGUAGUGUGUAUGGAAACUUUAGGCAAUUCUUUUUUAAUUUGGUGGCCGUCGAUUUACUCUGAGGACACGAGAUAUUUGAUCAAUUUCUGAUUUGGUUUUAAAUUGGGUUGUUUUGGAAGUGUUGCUGCACACUAAGACUGCCAUUUUGUAUAACCCUGUAUUGUGUGAUGUCAUGGUUGAUAAAAAAGGAUUUCAACUUAGGAUUUUACAGUUGCAUUUGCCAUUUGUCUUUUUAUGGACAUCGUAAUUCAUGCCUGGUGGAUAGCACUUGGGAAAAUGUGUCAGUCAGAAAAGAGGAGUACACUGACUGACUUUAGAAAUAAAAUGUAACAUUUCAUAGUGCAGUUGUCAAUGAAAUUUGUUAUCGUGAAAGCUGUAUGUGGCAUGGCGACUUAAAGAAAAGCUAAAAGUUCAUGCUGUAAGAUUGAGCUGUAGUGAGGACUCUGCUUUGAAGUAGCAGCUGGUUUUUGGCUGGAUUAUUGUGAUGUUGUGGCCUCUGGAGCUCCUGGGUGAGGACCUUCAUGUUGACACGAUGUCUUCAAUCCACAAAGAAGGACUGUCCUUCCAUCGGCACUGGGACGAGAGCAGAGCAGUGCAGCCAGUGACACCAAUCUUAACAGGUAAAACGGUGACUUCAAACUUACUGUAGAUUUUCUGCUCUUCUAAAUAAAAGUUUUCUGAUCCGAAAGA